AUGUUCUCCUUCUCCAAAAUCGUCUCCUUCGUAUUCUUGGCCCUCUUCCUCUCUUCUGGAUCUGUGUCAGCUGGUCUUAUUCGUGUCCGUCGUCAGAGCUACUGGAAUUCAAAUGGAGUCGUCAACAAUGUGGUAACUGACAACAUGGCCGGUGGACCAACAUCUCUCGGAUGGGCUCAAGUUCCACACGUCUACAGUCCAAUGUUCUCACCAGUAUUCGGAAAAUAA